AUGGAGAUUCCUGGAGUGGCUGGGUCGUUGGUGACAGAGCAACUGAGCCACGGCGCCCUCGAGGCCGAGCUGUCGGAGGAGCGCAGUCGCCUGGAGGCGCUUCAGCAAGAACUCCUGCUUCUGCGGACUGCGAGCUCACAGCAGGCCGAGAAAGAGGCAGCUACCCAGCUAGAGCUUUCCGGCCUUCGCGAGCAGGUGCCAGAGCUGCAAGCGCGGAUCAAUGACCUGGAGGCCGAAAACAGUGAGUCCGUGGCUCUCGAGGCCAAGACCUGGGAAGCCAAGCUUCAGAAGGAGCUCGCUGCUUCCAAGGCUGUGGCCGACGAGGUCUCCGAGGCGCAGAGGCGUGACCAGGAGGAGCUCCGACAGCGCCUAGCAUCUCUGGACGAGGAGCUGCGGAGUGCGGUGGCUGCUCAUCGCCGGGAGGCCGACCGCGCCGCAGCGGCAGAAGCGGCCACGGAGGAGAGUCGACGGUUGUCCUCGCAGUCGAGGGAAGAGGUGGCGAAACUCCACACACUCCUGGCCGAAGCAGAGGCAAAGCUGCAGCAGCUGCCAGCAAUGGCCGCCGACGCCGCCAGUCUUCGCGAGGCUCUGGCGGAGGCGCAGAAGGAGAGGGAUCUCCAGGUGGUAGCGGCGAAUCGCAGCGCUCUGGCGCUGGCAGAAGCGCAGCAGGAGAGGGAUCUCCAGGUGGCGGCCGCGAAUCGCACCGCUCAGGAGGCCCUAGAGGAGCUCCAGAAAGCUGAGCUGGCGCGACAAAGCGCAGCCUCAAAGCAGGCUGCCGAGAGAGCGGGCCUCGUGGCGGAAGUAGAGUGUGCCCAGGAGGCGCGGCAGCGUGAGAUGCGCCAGGCGGCUGAUCUUGCGAUUUCGCUCAAACAGGAGCAAGUACACUGCACGACCCUCGAGGCGGAGCUUGUGAACCAGCGCAGCCGCAUGGAGGACUUGCAACAAGAGCUCGUGCGCCUUCGGACUGCGAGUUCACAGCAGGUGCAUGCUGCGGAGCUCGAGCUACAAAAGCUCAAGGCGGAGGUCGACCGGCGCCCGCCCUCUGCGAGGAGUGGACCGAGGUCGGCAAGAGCGGAAAGCGAGGCCAGCAUCAUCUCUACAGCCCGGAAGUCCUACUACGCGGCGGAGGAGAGCACCGUAUCUUUGCACCUCGCCCUUCGCCAGGAGACAGGGGCGGCACCUGCAGUGCUCUAG